UUGGCUCUGCUUCUCCUAACGUGUCAUAAACAGAAAAGAUCCGGAUGGCGAUGUUAAGUCUGCAUAAAGCAGAAUACGAUCGUUUAAUGAAGCCGUGAAGUGUCGGAAGAGCUUUUAAAAAGAAAAGGAAAUAAUGGAGCGGAACAUUCAGACUCUUCCCAUCGACAUACAGACCAGCAAACUCUUAGACUGGCUGGUGGACCGGCGGCACUGCGACCUGAAAUGGCAGAGUGCGGUGAAGGUGAUCAGGGAGAAGAUCAACGCAGCUAUCCAGGACAUGCCGGAGAACGAGGAGAUUAAGCAGCUCCUCUCCGGCUCCUACAUUCACUACUUUCACUGUUUGAGGAUCGUGGAGAUCCUGAAAGGAACUGAGGCCUCCUCUAAGAACAUCUUUGGCAGAUACUCUUCACAGAGGAUGAAGGACUGGCAGGAGAUUCUGUCUCUUUAUGAAGCAGAUAAAGUCUAUUUGGCGGAGUUGGCCAGCCUGCUGAGUCGUAACGUGAGCUACGAAGGCCCGGCUCUGAGGAGGCAGCUGGCCAAAGCUCAGCAGCUCCAGCAGGAGCUGAGCAGGCGGGAGGUGGAGUGCCAGAGCUCAGCCGCAGACCUGAGGGAACGCUACUAUGCUGCCUGCAGACAGUAUGGCAUCACAGGUGAACAUGUGCCUCGAGAGCUUCAGGCUCUGGUGAAGGACUUACCAGCGGUUCUUGACAAAGUCGGGAAGGAUGCAGGGAAGCUAGAGGAGCAAAUCCAAUUUUACGCAGCUUUUACAAACUUUGUCUGUGACUGGUCUGAGUCAGUCCUGCCCAUGCUGACAUUUGCCCAGAAAAGAGGAAACACAACGUUUUAUGAGUGGAGAACGGGGAAAGUCCCCACAGUUAUUGAAAGGCCAGUUGUGGAGGAAUCACUUCCUGAUACAGUCACAGAGGACACGAUCGACUGGGGCGACUUUGGCAAAGUAUCAGAUUCCCUCGGUGUGAGUUCAGGCAUCACAGUUGAGGAUGGAAUAGACUGGGGAAUCAGCCUGGAGCCAAACUCUGAGGACCCCGGGGCAGGCACAAUCAACUGGGGUGAUGGUCCAGAAGCUCCCAUUGAAAUUGAAGUUGUGGAUACUGGCACAGACUGCCCAGAGGGAGUGGCGAGGGGUGAAGAUGCUCUGACUAUACUGGAAAACCCUCAGUCACGCAGCCAGUUCAUUGAUGAACUGAUGGAGCUGGAGGUGUUCCUGACUCAGCGCCUGAGUGAGAUGGGAGAAGAGGCCGAUGUGGUAGCUAUGAGCCAGUUCCAGCAGGCCCCCUCUAUCAUCCAAGGCCAAAGCCGCAAACACAUCCAGGAGAUGCUGUCUGAGGUGCAGGACCUCCUGGUGAGGCUCACCUCUCUCCGGAUGCAGCACCUGUUCAUGAUCCACGCGUCUCCACGGUAUGUUGAGCGUGUGUCAGAGAUGCUGAGACAGAAAAUGAAGCAGGCAGACAUUCUGGUGCUGAAAGGUGCCACAAUGGCAGAGAAGAGGCAGGAAGCCCUGCAGGAGCAGUCCAGGCUGGAGCCUCGUGUUGACCUGCUGGCAGGACGCACCCGGGAACUCCAGAAACUGAUUGAAGCAGACAUUUCAAAGCGAUACCACAACAGGCCUGUGAACCUGAUGGGGGUUCAUAUUUAGUGAACUUCACAGACGGUCAUAUUUUGUCAUGAUCGCCAACAGAAAUAAAAAGUGAUAUUUAAUGUAAA